AUGACAUAUCUGACCCCUGCUCUGUUUGCUGUGUCGGUCGCUAAAAUUAAGCAGAACUCUGUUGAAGAAGUCCCAGUGCUAACAGUGUUGGAUGAUGAUGAUGAUUUUAAAGAAACCAGGGGUCCAUCUAGUCCAAUCCAUUAUGAGACGUCUUGGUUACACCGGCACUGCUCUUCACUCCUGAGCAGAGACAAACAGGCUCAGAAAGCUGGGCAGCUUUUCUCAGGCCUCCUCGCCAUGAAUGUGGUGUUGCUAGGCAGUGCUUUCAUCUUCAGCAUGAUCUUUAACGGGGUGGCCAUUACCGUGAACGAUGUCUGGAUUUUCCUGUCUGUCCUCCACAUCCUGUCCUUAAGCUGGAUAGCAUAUUAUUUAUUAUUCACUAGGCGGAAGCCGCAUGCGAUCGUGUUUCGGGAUGCCCAUGCAGGGCCGAUGUGGGUUAAAGGAUCCCUACUAUUGUUUGGUGUUUUCAGCAUCUUCCUGAACAUAUUUCGGAUUGGAUAUACAGUCAGCCAUCUGCAGUGUAAAUCCCAGGUGGAAUUCUUCUUCCCAUCCAUACAGAUAAUCUUCAUCUGCAUUCAGACUUACUUCAUAUGGUGUCAUGCAAAGGACUGUACCCAGGUUCAGCACAACCUCACCAGAUGUGGGCUAAUGCUGACUUUGGCCAGUAACUUCCUGCUGUGGCUCUUAGCAGUGACCAAUGACUCAGUUCACAUGGAAAUUGAAUCAGAACGUAACCACUAUGUGCACGAACUGGAAGGAAACGGGACCACGUCCUGCAAAUGCGGCAACUCAAUGGUCUGCAAGGUCUUCCGGAAAGGCUAUGUUCUGCUGUACCCCUUCAACACGGAAUACUGCCUGAUCAGCUGCGCCAUGCUCUUUGUCAUGUGGAAGAACGUGGGCCGGCGCAUUCAUCAGCACCACACUACUUGUACCAAGCCCGAAUUCAAACUCCAUGGAGUCAUUUUUGGGCCUCUGCUUGGCAUCUCUGCAAUAAUCAUUGGUAUCUGCAUUUUCAUGAUGUAUCAGAUCCAAGCCACUGGUUUCUCCCCUAGCUACCAAGCAUUCAUACUCUAUUAUUCCUACUACCUCUUUUUGUUGCCUGUGAUGACCGUAGGGGCCUUAGUCGGAACCUUCAUCCAUGGCUUAGAAGAGAGGGAGCUGGAUACUCUAAAAAACCCAACACGAAGCCUUGAUGUGAUUUUGCUUAUGGGAGCAGCCUUAGGCCAGAUUGGUAUCUCUUACUUUUCCAUUGUAGCCAUUGUGGCCACCAAUCCAACAGAUUUGUUGAAUAGUAUCAUCCUAGCCUAUUCAGUGAGCCUCAUUAUUCAGCACAUCACCCAGAACAUCUUCAUCAUUGAGGGGCUCCACAGGCAGGCGCUAUGGGCAAAGGAAGAGAAAAAUGAAAAAGAGAAAUGUGAAGAGAGUUCACCCAAAGUUUACAAUCUAGAAAUAAGACAGGAUAUCCAGAGGUUAUCACAUGCCUACAUCCAGACCUACAGUCAUUUGAAUUGGAAACAAAAAGCUCUGAAGGAGAUCUCCAGCUUCUUGAUCAUGUGCAACAUCAUACUAUGGAUCAUGCCAUCAUUCGGAGCACAUCCAGCGUCUGAGAAUGGAAUAGGGAAGUCGUUUUAUGGCUACUCCACCUGGUUUGCUGUUGUCAAUUUUGGGCUUCCUUUGGGUGUGUUCUACAGAAUGCAUUCUGUUGGUGGUCUCCUGGAGGUUUAUCGGUCUGCCUAA